CGAACCCUCGCCUUUCGAGAACCAGACAGCCGAAAAAGUGAGCGUCUACGUGGUGUCCGAACCGACCUUCAUUAAAGCCGAGUUGGACCCAAUGCCCGGCAAUAGGACAACCGUCUACGUUCAAGGCAAACGUGAUUGUCAGGGCGCCGCAAGUCAAACCGCCCCCCUCUCGCACUUGGAGCCAUCACCCGCCUAUUAUACCCACAACGGCGCCUUUACUAACGCCAGCCUCUUCUUAAUGUCCUUCUGUCUGUUCAUGUUCAAUCCCUUCGUUAUCAGCAUUAAGAAGGAGGAGGGCAGUGGUGCUCCACGUGAAAGUGCAAAUGGCAAGUCUCUUUAUUCUCCAUUUUAUGGUGGUGCUGGGAUGCCUGUGAGUCAGCUGCUGUCAGCUCUGUCGUUCAACACACAUCCGGAUGCUGAAGCGGCCGCCGCACCACUGAGCCCGAUACUGUUGUGGGGGAUGUAUGCUGCGCAGUGGAUUGUGGCCUUGAUCCUGCUCUUCUUCUGUCUUUACCCCUUCGGACGUGAU